GCUCGCAGCCUCGACCCUCGGCACUGGCAGCGCGCCGAAGUCCAAACCCUAGACCGGCUAGUCGGCUACUGACCUGCACUGCACCUCUCCCCGACGCCCGUUCCCCACCGCGCCUUCCGGGCUUCCCCGACAAGAAGCGCCGCGGAGGCUCCCUCCUCCGGUCCUCCCGCCGCUCGCUACCCCGUCCUGGCCUCCUCCUCCGAUUCCUCCGCGGCGGCGGUGGCGCGGCUGCUCGGCUCGGUGGCACUGAGGCUUGCAAUUUGCAUCUUGCGGGUAUCUUACUCGGCUGGAGCUUCUGGAUUUUUUUAGCUGCUAUUGUUCGGGUAGGCUUGUAGCAAUCUCGGCCUCGGGCCCUCGCCCCCUGGCAGCGGGCAGAGGCCAUUUGGAUUUUGGGAGCACUCGUUUACAGAGCUCCAUUUGGUAGCGCAUCAGGAGCAUUUGGAGGAUCAUGGCAGGGAAAGAUGAGCAAAAGUCCCGGAAAGAGAGGCGGAAAGAGGUGAGAUCGGAGAAGCAAAAACUGCGGUUUCUCUCUUGGGUUCAGCACCAGGGUGGCAAAAAGAAGAAGCCAGCAAUGCCAGUGGAAAAGCCAAGUCCGCUAGAGGAGAAGAAACCAAAGAAAGAGUCUGCUGCUGUGAAGAAGAGAAAGAGGGAACUGGAGGGUAAGCGCAAGCCUAAGUCGAACUUCCAGGAAUAUCUUCAGAUGGAGAUGGGUGGAGCUGUGAGCAGAGAGGAGGAUCUGGAGAUGGAGAGGAGGCUUGCAAAAAAGCUCAAGGUGAAGAAAGGAAAGUUGGGAGGUCCGGAUGAUGGUAUGGAUGAUAUUUUUGCAGACCUUGGGUUUGGUGGUGACUUUGGGUCAGAUGAUGAAACAAAAGAGUAUGACUGGAAUGUGGCGAAUGACACUAAGUUAGACAAGAAAAAAGGGAAAAAGGAAAAGAAGAAAGUGAAGAAGGAUACCACGGAGACGGAGGAACCAGAUGAAGGGUGUUUAGACAUGGGUGAAGGGAAUGAUGGAGCAGUUCCAGGAUCCAAGGAUGAAGAUGCUAAUGUGGUUGACCUGCCCACAGAAUCAAAAGGAAAGUAUGUACCUCCGAGAUUGCGUGCUGCUUCCAAUUCGGAAUCAGAAGAGAUUGCUCAGAUGCGCCGGAGAGUAAGAGGACUUCUGAACAGGCUUUCAGAGUCAAACGUGGAGUCUAUUACUCAGGAAGUUGCCGCACUUUUUCGAUCUCUUCCACGAAGUGUUAGCUCUCAGAUACUUGUGGAUGAAGUUUUGGCAAGUUGUUCCCGAGGACCUCGUGGCAAUGAACAGUAUGCUUCUGUGUUUGCAGCCUUUGUUGCAGGUAUGGCAUGCUUGGUUGGUAUUGACUUCAGUGCUAAGAUCCUUGCUUCUCUUGCUAAGUCAUUUGAGGAUGAGUACUCAAAAGAAGAUGGUCUAUCUCUGAGAAAUCUUACCUUACUCUUCUGCUAUUUGUGCAUAUUUGGUGUCAUCUCGAGUGAUCUUGUGUACGAUCUUCUAUCGGUACUGAGCAAGCGCUUGACAGAGCUGGACGUCUCUACAGUAUUGACCAUCCUACAGUGCUGUGGAAUGAAGCUACGGGGAGAUGACCCAGGUGCUAUGAAAGAUUUUGUUCUUAGUAUUCAGAACUCUGUAAAUCAGUUGAAAAUGCAUUCUGCUGUUCGAGAAGAUGGAAAAACAGAUAUACACAGCAGAAGAAUGGAAUUUAUGCUCGAGACAAUAUGCGACAUUAAGAACAAUAAGAAAAGGCCUAAAGAGGAUCCUUCACACCAUACUCGAAUAAAAAAAUGGCUUCAAAAGCUUAAGGCAGAAGAUGUCCUCUUGCGUGGGCUAACAUGGAGUAGGCUUUUGGACCCUGAGAAGAAAGGGCAAUGGUGGUUGUCCGGGGAUGUUUCAUCCAUGGCAGGCAAAAUUGAAGAUGUUGCGGCUGUUAUCAGCAAGGAUGUUGCAGAGACGCAAAAGCUUCUUCAUCUUGCAGCAGCUCAGCGGAUGAACACGGACAUACGAAGAGCAAUCUUUUGUAUUAUAAUGAGUGCUGAAGACUAUGUAGAUGCUUUUGAGAAGCUCUUGAGGCUGGGCCUUUCUGGGAAGCAGGAUAGAGAAAUUAUAAGGGUCAUUGUUGACUGUUGUCUGCAAGAAAAGAUGUUCAAUAAGUAUUACACAGUCCUUGCAUCCAAGCUAUGCAGCCAUGAGAAAAAUCACAAGUUUAGCUUGCAGUUCUGCAUCUGGGAUCAUUUUAAGGAGCUAGAUAAUAUGGAGUUGAGUCGAUCCAUGAACCUUGCAAAACUAGUUGCAGAGAUGCUAGUGAACUUCACACUGUCCCUCGCAACUUUGAAGGUUGUCAACCUGGCAAACCCAGUUGAGAUGACCCCAGAAAGGAUCACACAUUUCCAAAUACUGUUUGAGACCUUACUACAGAAAGACGAUGCACUGGUGUGGAAUGUCUUUACCCGUAUUGCUGGUCUUCCAGAGCUCGAGAUAUUGAGAGAAGGCAUUGUGCUGUUCAUCAAACAGCAUGUGAUUGCUAAGGACACCGGGAAGGACUUGGCUAGCAAAUUUAAGAUUGCAAAGAAAGCACUUGAUAAUACUGCUGGAGUUCUGAUGUAAGUUGCAUGGCAUUUCAAGUCUAUGCCUUCUUUUUUUGCAUCCUUUUGGUCCUUGUUCUCGUUUUUGCUUGUUCCCUGGGAACAACAAUAGGGCCUUGUUCCUUGGAAGAAACGAAGGAUAAAAAUCUUUCUUGUAAGUUGCUUCCAUAUUAGAAUUAGAGAAUGAUUUAUGAAGAAUGAUGCUUUGGUAA